ACAAGGCAUGUUCAUUACAGGAGGUCAGAGGCAAAAGUAGAGAAUGGCAGGAACCUUUGUAGUUGAGAGCAACUCAAGUUGCUGGUUGUUUUUCAUUUUAGCAAAUGCAGUGAAGCAACUCUGUAGGCUAAUUGGAUUGGGAGAUUUUGCCUAUUCCCUUUGCUUAAACUUGGAGAGGAGAGCGCAUUGGUGAUUGCAGUUUCCCAGGCUGUGCAUGCAUGUCAAAUUGUUAACCCUUUAGCUGUUGUGGAAUGAGAAUCUGAAUCUGUAAGGACAAGAUUUCUUUCUCUAGAGUGAAGGCAGCAGCUCUGAAAAAUUGCCGCCUUCACUAUAGAAGAGCAAAUACAGAAUGAAACUAUUGGAAAUAUUAUAUUUUUAUUAUAAGAGGGUUUUUUGUUCCUCUCUUGAUGGAAGAUGCGAAAUGCUAAAGGGAUGAAUUACUUUACAGACUGGAAGAAAAUACUGUAAAAGAGCUUCAGCAAAAGAAAAUUUCCUGGUCAUUCCAAUGUGAAAGUUGAUCCAAGCAGUGAAAUCAUGAUGAUAAGAAGCCACGCUCUGGGUCAACAUUUCCAGAUAGAUACCAACCAUGACACCUGCCCCUAUAUCCCCCCAGUGUGAUGAGGCACCUGCCCCAACUUCAAGAGAUCUUACACGUGAACAAGGUGAUGUCCAUCUUUUUUUAUGUAAUAUUUCUUGCUUAUCUCCGUGGCAUCCAAUCCACCAACAUGGAUCAAAGGAGUUUACCAGAAGAGUCACUAAAUUCCCUUAUUAUAAAACUUAUUCAAGCUGACAUUUUGAAAAACAAGGCAUCAAAGCAAAUGGAAGAUAUAAAAAAUAAUGUGCAAAACACAAUGAAGAAAAUAGACAUUAUUGAACCAGAUAUAGAUGUCAAUGAAAAUAUGAAAUUGGAUUUCCAGACAGUUAUUUCAAUGGAAACAGAAUUAUUGAGGCAGCAGAAGCACUACAGCUCCCCCAGGGUCCUUUUGAGUGACAAUACUCCAUUGGAACCCCCACCAUUGUAUCUUAUGGAAGAAUAUGUUGGUAGCUCUGGGGUGAUGAAUCGAACAUCUCGAAGGAGGAGGUUUGCAGAAACUAAGAGCCACCGUGGGGAGUAUUCUGUGUGUGACAGUGAAAGCAGAUGGGUGACAGACAAAUCUUCAGCUAUUGACAUUAGAGGACACCAGGUAACUGUGCUGGGAGAAAUCAAAAUGGGCACUUCCCCAGUGAAACAAUAUUUUUAUGAAACAAAGUGUAAACAAGCAAAACCUGCCAAAAGUGGUUGCCGUGGUAUAGAUGAUAAGCAUUGGAACUCACAGUGCAAAACAUCCCAAACAUUUGUGCGAGCAUUGACUUCAGAAAACAACAAACUUGUAGCCUGGAGAUGGAUAAGAAUAGACACCUCUUGUGUAUGUGCAUUGUCCCGGAAAAUUGGACGAACAUAGAUCUACAUUUUUCUGCCAUAUAACUUAUUAUGUCUAAAUUAUGUGAUAUGCAUGUAGCAUAAAUGUUUCUAUUGUUUUAUAUAUUAUAAGUUGUCCUUAUUUAUUAAAAUCCAGCAAACUACAAGGUAUAUAGAUAUAUAAAUAUAUAUAUAUCUAUAGAGAGAGAGAGACAGAUAUAGAUAUAGAUAGAUGAUAGAUAGAUAAUAUGCUUUCAUAAAUAACCAUAAAGUAUGAAUGUUUCCCACUGGCAGCAACAUUUCUCAUUACUGCUUUUGACUUCUGUUUUUUCCCCAGCUUUUCAUAAACUGCCUGUAAAAUCUUUGUGUAGUCAGUAUUUUCCAUUCAGUAUUGUCAAUCCAUUGACCGCUGAGUAAAGCUGUUAAAAGAAA